AUGACUACUACAACAGUUUCGGUCGCAUCUUCUGCUCCAACUGCAUUGAAACGUUCUCAUUUCGAUAACCCUCAUAUAUUUGAAUUCGAAGAGGGCAAUGAAUAUCUUAUAGCGUGGCUUGCUAGUGAUGCCGACACCAUAGUUCGUAACACCCUUAUUUCCCAUAUUAAGUUUCGUCGUAUUGUUGAUUAUCUGUUCUUGUUCACUGAAAUAAAUAAAUGCGAUGAUUUUAUUAGACAAGUGAAAAAUGAAAAGUUAUUUAUUAUAACAGAAACAUCAUCUGCUACAACUGAAGUUAUUGCUCGGAUACACGAUUACAGACAAGUUUAUUCUGUUUUUGUCUACAAACAGAAUAUUAACGAUGCUUACAAAAUAGAUGAAAUGGUACUAAGAAGACACAAAAAGUUGAAAGGUAUUUAUGAAGGUCUGGAGAAGAUUAUUUUGGACUUAUUGAAACAUCUACGUAUGUUUAACCGCCGUAUGAAUCCUGAAUUACUUUUCGUAUUCAAAUCGAUCAAAGAAGAGCGAACAGUACAGAAUAGAUUAAACACAGAAUGGUUUUACUACUUUCUACAAGUUGUAAUACAUGUGAAACCAAUAUCAACUAGUAAAGAAACUUUUGUUACUCAAUGUAAAGUGUUUUACAAAGAUAACACUACAGUAUUACAACAGAUCAGUGAAUUUGAAGAAUGGUAUGAAUCUGCCAAUGCAAUAUUGUGGUAUACACGCGAUAAUUUUCUGUAUAGAUUACUUAACAAAGCUCUUCGUCAGAAAAAUCGUGAUUUAAUCUGGUUAAUGCAUUUUUUUAUUGUUGAUCUAUAUGAACAACUAAGAUCAGAUUGCUGCGUACGGUGGUGGAGUAACUGCAUAACGGAAGUUUAUCGCGGACAGUUAAUGACCAAAGAAGAACUAAAUUCAUUGAAAUUUAGUUUACAUUGUAUAUUAUCUGUUAAUAGUUUCUUUUCUACCACAGUUAAACGUGAGUUAGCAUUGAUUUUUUCAGGUGCAGGCGCUUCGGGGCAUUUACUCGAUGAUGAUCUGCAGCCCGUAUUAUUUCAAAUUUGUUGCAACGGAUGGGACUUUGAACAACAGACAUUCGCAUAUAUUAAAGACAGAAGUAUCAAUGAAGACGAAGAAGAGGUAAUGUUCGUACCUGGAACGACGUUUUCAUUUGAAAAACUAUUUUAUGAUGACAAUGAGAAAAUUUGGAUUGCAAAUUUAAGAAUUGAUACAGUACUAGCCAAUCUGAAUCUUGGUUUAGAUCGACACAUAUUAAAGUUAGAGACACUAUUAGAGCAAAAGCUUAUUGGGACAGACAAUGAUUUUAAGAAGACAAACCUAUCUGCCGAUGAUCACAUACCAAUAAAUGAUGAAAUGAAGAGUGAUUUUCAGUCACUUUUGCAUGAACUUUCCUCAUUUGACCAACACAUGACGCUAUGUAAAAUAAACUCGGAAGUAACUG